AUGCAGGGGGGCAGAAGCGCGGCAUUCAUGGAGGAGGAAGAGGAAGAGGAGCACGAGCACGAGCAGGAGGAGGAGGAGGAGCACGGAUCAAGAGGAUGGACGUGUGGUGGCAAGGAGAGAGUGGAGGUUGAAGGUGUGAGCGCAAGUGGCAAGAGGGAAGAGAGCACAACGGCAAUGAGGCAAUCAGAGUCGGCAGGUGACGACGGAUGGCGAGUGAAGAAUAGCAAACAGGACGUCUUCGUGCUCUCCUCGCGGAAGGAUUGCGAUGUUGCCGCCUUCUCGGGCGUCCGACAAUCGGGCAAAAUGGCGCGGCAACCAUUGAGUGAGGCGGAGCGAAAUGUGAACAAUUCGGCAGAGGCAGUUUUGGGCUUUGCAACUGGCGGCAAUGCGUGUGAUCGUGCCUGUCGCAGAGCCAACUGGGCUGCCUCGGCCGGCCAGAUUGGCAGUACUUCGUUGGGUCGCAAUUCACUCGGUACCAAGCGAUGGCGACGUCCGCAACGCUAUUCGGACGAGGGCCGCGCCGACCAGAUGGCAGGAGAAGAGAAAUUCCACAUUGCCUCCGGCCAAGUCCAGCCUCUGCAAGUAUGUGGCAACAGCUUUUAA